AUGCCUCGUCAGGUCACGAAGACUAACCCCUCCUCGAAGCCUUAUAAUCGUUCUUCUUCUACCGAGGAGAUCGACAUUAAGCUCCAGCUAGACCAAAAAGAAACAACCAAGAAACCUAAAACCCAAAGAGAAAAUAUUGGUAAUCGGAAAUGGACUCCCGAUGAACUCAUUCAACUUUUCGAGUACGUCUCAAAGCAUGGAACCUCAUUAGGUAAGAACGGAUGGGAGAAUGCUGUUCCAGGUAGAACUGCUAAUCAGAGUUAUCAAGCUUGGCUCCAAACUUUGACCCCAUUUAUCAAGAAAUCAAUCGCAGGAAAAGCUUAG